AUGUCAGAAGAAUUAAAUUCAAGUCUUGAUUCACUCGAAUUGGAUCUCUACCACAAGCCAAAUCCUAAAAUAAAAACUAUAAUUGAUUACCUUAGAGCUUAGAAUAUCAGAUUUUGCACUGAUCCAAAAGCAAAGGAAUAUAACUAUUAUUCUAGCCAGUCAUACAAGCAAAAUAAUAAUUCUGAUUUUGGAAUGUAGCGAAAUAAGUUCAUUCAAAGAAGAAAAUAGGAGACUGCCAUAUCAUUUGCAAUGAAUAUCUCUUGA